GUACACGCGACACGAGUUGACUGCGACUGUGACUGUGACUGCGACUGCGACGCGUGCGAACUCAACGCAAAGCUGUGACUUCACGUGAAACCGUAACAGUAACAGUAACAGUAACCGAAAGCCGCCGCCGUCGUUCGCAACGUGAAAAAAAAAUAAAAUUGUAUUUAAGUCCAUAUUAAGAAACAAAUAUCGAAACAAUUGCAUUUUGUUAUAAUUUUUUUAUGGUGUGCCUGAGAAAACAAAACAUAAGAUAAGCAACAAGAAGAAGCAGAAAAGUGUAUCUAAAAUAUGCAAAAACUGUUCCGUGCCACAUAAAGCAAAGAUAUAUUUAAGUAACAGUUCCCAACAAAAAGUAAUCGAUAAAAAAAAGAAGAGAAGAGAAGAAGAGGGAAAAGAAAACGUCACGACGUCGUCGCCCGGGUCAAUAAUGCUGGUGCCGUCGGACAUGAUCGCGGCACAGUCCAAGAUGGUCUAUCAAAUGAACAAAUAUUGUGCGGAUCGUGUGCAGGUGCGCAAGGCGCAGAUCCACAAACAGAUCCAGGAGGUCUGUCGCAUCGUUCAGGAUGUGCUCAAAGAGGUGGAGGUGCAGGAGCCCCGCUUCAUAUCCUCCCUGAACGACUACAACGGCCGCUUCGAGGGCCUGGAAGUGAUCUCACCCACAGAGUUCGAAAUCAUCAUCUACCUCAACCAGAUGGGCGUCCUCAACUUUGUGGACGACGGCACCCUGCCCGGCUGUGCCGUGCUCAAGCUGAGCGACGGACGCAAGCGUUCCAUGUCCCUCUGGGUGGAGUUCAUCACCGCCUCGGGCUAUCUGUCCGCGCGCAAGAUUCGCUCCAGAUUCCAGACGUUGGUGGCCCAGGCGUGCGACAAGUGCGCCUACCGCGACAUCGUCAAGAUGAUCGCCGACACCACCGAGGUGAAGCUGCGGAUCAGGGAGCGCAUCAUUGUGCAAAUCACGCCCGCCUUCAAGUGCGCCGGCCUCUGGCCACGCUCGGCCUCGCACUGGCCGCUGCCCGGCAUACCCUGGCCGCAUCCCAAUAUUGUUGCAGAGGUUAAGACUGAGGGCUUCGAUAUGCUUUCCAAGGAGUGCAUUGCGCUCCAGGGCAAGAACUCCGCCAUGGAGGGCGAUGCCUGGGUGCUCAGCUUUACAGACGCCGAGAAUCGUCUCUUGCAAGGUGCAAGUCGCCGUCGUUGCCUUAGCAUAUUGAAGACACUGCGCGAUCGUCAUUUGGACCUGCCGGGCAAUCCCGUAACAUCGUACCAUCUGAAAACCUUGCUGCUCUACGAAUGCGAGAAACAUCCGAGGGAGAUGGAGUGGGAGGAGAACUGCAUCGCGGAUCGGAUCAAUGGCAUAUUCCUACAGUUGAUCUCGUGCCUGCAGUGCCGUCGCUGUCCGCACUACUUCCUGCCCAAUAUGGAUCUCUUCAAGGGCAAGUCUCCCGGUGCUCUCGAGAAUGCCGCCAAGCAGGUCUGGCGCCUGACGCGCAUCAUGCUGACCAAUGUGCGUUGCCUGGAGGAGUUGUAGGGAUCCCAACAAAUUUGUGAGAUGGUUUUACACAACGAUUCUCUCUAUCUCUCUCUCUCUUUCUCUCUCUUUCUCUUUUUUUAUUUUCUUUAUGAUU